AUGAGUGACAAUGUUAUUUGCAAUACACUUUAUUUUCUAUAAAAAUGUUAGCUUCUGCUAAGUCAAAUAGAAGGUCGAUAGGAAUGGAUUAAUGAAAUAAAUGAAUGUUAGAAAGAAUUGGAAAUUUAUAAAAUAAAUCAUCCUCUGUAUGAAUAUUGUUUGAGCUUCAUUACAGAUAAGAUCAUACAUCCUUUUUUAUAAGAGUUAGACAUUAUAUUCAAUUCCUAAGACGUCGUUAGAGAAUUAUAAAAAUAUGAAUUGAAUUUUAACUACGUAAUCAAGAGACUUUCAUUGGUACAUUUUGGUUCUAUAGAUUAGAUAAGAGAGUUCAUACCAAAUGUGGUUAAAGUACCUUUAGAUGAUUUAUUUUGUAAACCUUAGACAGAUGAGGAAUGGAUUUAAUUAAACCGAUAUAUCGAAUAUGUUAAUGUAUUAUUAAUUAUAAUUAAAAAUAAGCUAGAUGAUCCCCUAUCAUUAUCAAAAUAAUUUGAUCAAUUUUAUGAUUACAUAGCCAUGGGAGCAGCCUAUUGUACUCUUGGUUCAAAAUAUUAAAACUAAUUGAUAAGUUUGAUUGUUUAAAAUGUAGGUGGAGCAGUGAUGUUAGUAAAAAAAUAAACAGCUAGAAAUAUAAAAACAAAAGAAAUUACUAAUCCAUCUUUAUCUUUUGUAAAAGGAUUAUGGAGUAUUUAAAAUAAUUCAACAUUUUUUAAGAAUUUUAUGAAAUUAACAAAUUGUAGGGUGAAAUCACAUUUAAAAAUUCAUGUUCCAUUUUUAUUUAGAGAAAAUUAAUUUAAAUAUCAUCAUGAUAAUAAUAAUACAUAUGUUUAAGAGAAGUUUAAGGGUUUUAGAAUGGUAGAUGAUCUUUACAAUAAACUUUAAGGGAAGGAGUUAUUAUUGAAAUAAAAGUAAUAGAAAAUAAAAGUGAGAAUUCUUUCAGCAAAUAAGAUAGUAUUAUAUAAAGAUGUUGAUUAUGUUUAAUUGGUUUAGAGAAUAACAGAAUUAAGUUCAGAACAUCAUUAAAUAAGUUAGAUAAAUUAAUAAUAAGAGAACAGAAAUAUAAAAAUAAAAAAAGUAGUUUUACAUAUUCAUGGUGGAGGAUGGAUAGCUAUGUCUUCAUUUAGUCAUUAAUCUUAUACAAGAAAAUGGGCAAAUUAUUUAGGAGAAGAUACUAUAGUAUUCUCAAUAGAUUAUAGAUUGGCUCCUGAAUAUAGAUAUCCAUAUGCUUUAGAAGAUGUUUGGCAAUUAUAUUUAUGGAUUAUCAAUUUUAGUUAAUUCUAUUUGAAUAUAUCAAUAGAAUAGAUAGUUUUAGCAGGAGAUUCUGCAGGAGGGAAUAUGGCUUUAGGUGUUUGUUUUAGAGCUAUCAAAUAUGGAAUAAGAAUUCCUGAUGGAUUAUUAAUGGCUUAUCCAGCUGUAAAUUUAGAUUUUACAAAAUUUAAUCCCUAUUUAUUAUAAGGAUUAAUUGAUUAAGUGGCUCCUGCUACAGUAUUAAAAUUAGCUUUACAUGAAUAUUUAAAAGAUACAAAUGCAAAACCAAAUGUUGAUCCUUACUUAAGUCCAUUAAUAGCUGAUGAUUCAUUUCUAUUAAAGUAAAAAAAGUAUCAUUAAGUUAAUAGAUUGCCUAAGAUGACAAUAAUGUGUGGUUAAUUAGAUAGUUUGACUGGGGAUACAAUUAAAUUUGUAAAUAGAUUAAGAAAAUUAGAAAAAUAAUUUAGAAUGCUUAUAUACAAUGGAAUAAAUCAUGGAUUUUUAAAUUUUGAAGUUCCUAUUUUUGCAGUACCUGCUAUAAAACCAUUAAUCGAAAAUAGUUGUGAUUUAUUGAAAUAGCUAUUUAAUUAAUGA